AUGGCAACACAAAUUCAAUGGGAAGACGUGAACGGACCAUCUCACUCACUGCUCUCACCAGGAUAUGUCACUGCAAAGAAUAGUCAACUUUUGUUCACUUCAGGCUGUGUUGGUACCGAUAAAUCUGGAAAACUUGCUGAAGGCGUGGAAGCUCAGACUAAACUGGCUUUGGAAAAUUUGAAAGUAGUUUUGGAAGCCGGUGGCAGCAGCUUGUCCAAUGUAUUAAAGGUCCUUCUGUUUGUCGGUGAUGGGAGUUAUGCCUCAGCUGUCAAUAGCGUUUAUCAAGAGUAUUUUCCAGGCAGGCCAGGAAGAAGUUGCGUUGUUGUUGCAUUCCCAGACCCAGCAAUCAAGGUGGAAUUGGAAUGCGUAGCUGUUGUUCCAGAGAAGGACUAG